CAAGAAGACCCUCCUGUGGGUGUCAGUGGUGCACCUUCUGAGAACAAUAUAAUGCAAUGGAAUGCAGUUAUAUUUGGGCCAGAAGGGACGCCUUUUGAAGACGGUACUUUUAAACUAGUAAUAGAAUUUUCAGAGGAAUAUCCCAACAAGCCUCCAACUGUUAGGUUUUUAUCAAAAAUGUUCCAUCCAAAUGUUUAUGCGGAUGGUAGCAUAUGUUUAGAUAUUCUUCAGAAUCGUUGGAGUCCAACAUAUGACGUUUCAUCUAUUUUAACUUCAAUUCAGUCUCUGCUUGAUGAACCUAACCCAAACAGUCCAGCAAACAGCCAGGCAGCACAACUCUAUCAGGAGAACAAACGUGAAUAUGAGAAAAGAGUUUCAGCUAUUGUUGAACAAAGUUGGAAUGAUUCGUAACAGCUGCUGUGUUACUCUUCAUCCUCAUGAUCAUUAUGUACAAUUUAACUCUCAAUAGCAAAGCUACCAGAAAUUUCAAGUGCCACAGUUCUAAGAAUUUGCAUAAAAACUCAUCUGCAAACAAAAUUAAGCCCUCCAGUUUAGGAAACUUAAAAGCUUGUGUAUCUUGAUUAACGUACUUUUUAUUGCAUGGUAUGAACUAAGUUAUUGCUACAUAAAUUUGUAAUAUAUCCUGUUUGUAUUUUUUUUCCAAGUGUAUAAUGUUGAUGUGGAGUUUUCAUGACGGAAUAUACACAUUUUGUAAAUCUGUACUUUUUCAAAUAUUGAAUGCCUUAUUUUUGAAUCCUUUAGAUUUUUAAAUUGGAGAAAAGCACUUAACAAAGUUUUUAUAUAUAAAUAUUUCAUGUAAAACUGUUAAAUACAUAACCUUAGUGCAAGACA